UGUUCAACAGCUUCAUAAUAACAAAAUAGCACUACAUAAAAAUAUAGAUCCUUUUUGAAAAAGAUCAAGUAAUUUACCUUGAGAUAAGAUUGAUCGACCAUAGGGGGCGCUGCAGCUGCAACCAAUAGGGUGGAACAACAGUCAAACUUACAGAACCGUUACGUGUAAGCAAAAUGGCCACGACUGCGGCUGCCGUGGCAGCCACCAGUGUUGUUGUAUUGGAUCGUGGCAAUAAUACGACAUGCACAAUCAACUUGCAUGGUGCGACUGUUGUGUCUUGGCGUGUUAAUAAUCAGGAGCAGUUGUUUGUUAGCAAGUUGGCAUCGUUUGAUGGUAAAAAGGCUAUACGCGGGGGUAUACCGUUUGUUUUUCCACAAUUUGGACCCUGGUCCUUUGGUCCACAGCACGGCUUUGCAAGAAUCACACGCUGGCAUUUGGAUCGAGCCCCAGAACGACUACACAAUGGCGAUGUGGAGGCAAUAUUUUCGCUGAUGGACAAUGAGUUUACGCGUUCUAUAUGGAACUAUCAAUUUCGGAUAACCUAUCGCUUGAUUCUGCGUGAAAAGGAACUACACUUUCACAUCGGCGUUUAUAAUCCUAGCAAAGAUCUGAGUUUCACAUUCAACAUGUUGUUGCACACCUAUCUAAAAGUUCCAGAUGUUCGACGAUGUCAGAUAACUGGACUUCAGGGCUGCCACUUUAUAGACAAGACACGCGAGGGCGCUCUGUAUCAGGAGGGUCGUGAGGUGGUCACUGUCAACGAGUGGACAGAUCGCAUCUAUCAGCAUACGCCACAGGAGCAUGUGAUAACGAAUGUAGUAUCUGGGCGUAAGAUGAGGCUGCACAAAUACAAUUUCCCAGAUACAGUUAUUUGGAAUCCAUGGAUCGAUCGGUCGCGAGAAAUGAGCGACUUUGGUGACGAUGAGUUUCCCAACAUGCUAUGCGUAGAGGCUGGCAAUGUCAGCUCCCCAGUCAUAUUGCUUCCGGGCACUUGCUUUGAAGCCAGCCAGAUACUACAGCAAUUUAAGUAUCCCUAUAAUUUGGUACUGCCCAAGAAAAAAGCUCAGAGAAAACUAAAAUGAUUGCGUAAAAUCUUAAUUAAAUCUAUUAUACUUUAACUAUAUCUAUCCAGAUUAUCAUCGAAGGAAAUGUCAGCCGUAAGACCAAACGGAAUCGCUAGCGUUUAAGGAAUCGGAACCCGCUGAGGUGAACCGAUUCGUACACCAUUCAUUGAGGUCGUCCACAAAAUAAGCAGAAAGUCAGGAAGAAUUAGGAACACUUUGUCAGUUGAUUAUAAGUGAAUAACUUAAGUUACUAUCCCUAUAACUAGCGCAUAAAUUUUUCCUUC